GUCCUGCGGCGCUCCUCCGAGGACUCCCUCGCUGGUCGUCGGGAACACUUCAGCGCCGGCGUCGCUCCGCACCGUUAGGAACUACAGUCGACUCGCAGACUCUUCGACGAGGGAUUCGCCUCAGAUAAACCAAGAGUUCUUCGUUGUUUCAGAUAACUGGGUCUUCGUAGGAACAACUCCGCAUUUAAACUUCCCAUUUUUGACGUGACAACGUCUAAUAAAUGGAUGAACGCCGGCUGCACGCACGAAAAAAAUGUCCUGUUACGCACAUUGUUCCGUUACGCUGUGUUCCGUUACGCUGUCGGCGAGUGCAGUAAUAAUAGGUUAUGUUACAAUUGACUAAAAAAUUAUGGUGAUUCAUAUAAUUUAUUGGUGAUAGAUAUUUCAUUACAGUUUAUUUAUAUGAAAACUUGUUCAUAAUUAUAUUUAAACUUUAUAGCUAAACGCCAGUUUUUAAAAUUAAUUACCAGUCAUCUACACGUGAACUGUUUUGGCGACUGUUUAUAAAGUGAAGUGAAAAGUUAAUGUGGUUUUCAUUGCUUAUUACAACAACAAUUUCGGCAAUAAAGGUGGAGGCGGAAAAUGCGGCCAACGGGGACGUCACAGUGUACAUGGGCAGCGACCAGCUCAACACCGCCUUCGAUGCCGAAGAAGAGGACAAGCUCUCAGACACUCUGGACAAGAUUGAGACAGUAUGGAUGCUGAUAUAUCAGCUUCAUAAAAACAUAGCAGAUCUGAAACAGCUGCACAUCGACAUUGUAAACUCGGCAUGGACAAGCGAAAAAGUAACCGCUGAACUGGAAGAGAAAAACAGAGAGAUACAGCUCGUUAUCACAGUUGCCCGCUCUAAAUUAGAAGAGCUGGCCAGGAGGGUGCCGGAAGAGCGGGCGACUGGGUACGAGCCGGUUGUGCUGCGCGUCCUGAGGAUACACUGCAGCUCGCUACAGAGGGCCGUAAGAGACGGCAUCGUCGAGUACAACUCGGCGCUGAUGAGGCACCAGGAGCGGUGCGCCGAGCUGGUGAGGCAGCAGAUGAGGAUAGUGCGGAGGUCUGUGACUAACGAAGAGUUCCAGCAGGAGCUUGAUAGCGGAGAGCAGAAACCUUUUACAGACAAUAUCCUGCUGGAGACGCUGGCGGCGCGGCAGGCCCUGGACGACCUGCACGCCCGCCAGAAGGAGCUGCAGGAGGUGGAGGGCUCGCUGCUCGAGCUGCGCGACAUGUUCGUCAACAUGGCCGUCCUCGUGGAGCAGCAGGUGCACAGUCUCCGACUCCUGCGGGGUGAAAUCAUAGACAACAUAGAGAACCAAGUUAGAAACACCAAGGAUUACGUGGAAGAGGCACGCGAGAAAGUGGUCGAAGCGAAGAAGAUGAGAAAGAGAUACAGGAAGAAGAAACGGUGCCUCAUCUGCUUCUGUGUCGUGGUUGUGACCCUGAUAGUGAUAACGGUGGUGAUACUGCUCAUCAUUUACCUGCCAGGGAGCAGUGGGAACAGUGCUGCCCCCACGUCCACCACGAAUGCUGUGGGUGGCUCGUGAUGUCACACCGCGCUGUUGUGAGAAAUUCUUGUGGUGAAGCUUUUUUUCACAACCUGGCGAAGACAUAUCAAGAUGGCAGAGCAGUGGGUUAAUAUUCAGUGGCGUACCCAAUGUGGAAAAUUUCUAGUCAACCCGCUUUUUUUCACAUGAAUGAAGACAUUAAAAGAAUUAUAAUAAGACACUAAUAGUUCUAAGUGUUAUUUUAUGAUUUAUUUACUUAAAUUUGUAAGCAUAUUAACACUUAAAACUUUUUUCCCCCCAUAAAUUUGGUCUAUACAGAUUGGGAAAUCACAUCAUCAGAAUCAAUUCAAAUUGGUACUUUGUUUCCAAUUUACAAAAUGGCUAAGUCAGAGAGCACCAAAAGAGAACAAAAAAUUAUGAAAUUAUUCUGUAUAUUUAGUCAAAACUCAACUCAGAUUACAAAAAUCUAAUAAUUCAAUGAAUGUAAAUUAUUAAGCAAGGAGUUAGUACCAAAAUGCAUGUACUAAAUAAAUUGGGAAAAGUUUUGCUUUCUUUUUUUUUGUACUGCAACUGUUAUUAGUAACAUAGUAAAUAAUUUUUACAUUAUAAUACAUUGGUACAUUUUUCAAAUGUACAUUUACUUGUUGAGUUAUAGCUUAUAGGUAUUGUUCCUAGUAGUUUAACAUGUUUAUACCAAAUUAUUAUUUUGUAUCUAUCAGUCAAAUAACACUGUUUUUGUAAAGUAAGUAUCAUUGAAGAAGUAUAUGUCGUAUUUGUUGAAACUUGUGUUAUGUUUAUGAAUUAACAGAGUUAAAAAAAAUAAAAACAAUAACAUAUA